CUACAGAGAGAGGGCAGGCCGGCUCUUGGGGGUGCCAAUGUGGCCCCAAGGCCGAGCCCAGUCGGGGUCUGGCAUCAGCCUCAGCCCCCCAAGGAACCAGCCUUCCACCCCAUGGGGUGGUCACUGCCCAAGGACAAGGGGUUAAUACUCUGCCUAUGGAACAAGUUCUGCAAAUGGUUCCAUAGACAAGAGUCCUGGGCUCAGAGCCGAGACGAGCAGAACCUGCUGCAGCAGAAGAGGAUCUGGGAGUCACCUCUUCUUCUAGCUGCCAAAGAAAAUGAUAUCCAGGCCCUGAGCAAGCUGCUCAAGUUUGGAGGAUGUGAGGUGCACCAGAGAGGAGCCAUGGGGGAAACUGCACUGCACAUAGCAGCCCUCUAUGAUAACCUGGAGGCUGCCAUGGUGCUGAUGGAGGCUGCCCCAGAGCUGGUCUUUGAGCCAAUGACCUCUGAGCUAUAUGAAGGUCAGACUCCAUUGCACAUCGCAGUCAUGAACCAGAAUGUGAAUCUGGUCUGUGCCCUGCUUGCCCGAGGGGCCAGUGUCUCUGCCAGAGCUACUGGCUCCGCCUUCCACUACAGUCCCCACAACCUUAUCUACUAUGGAGAGCACCCUCUGUCCUUUGCUGCCUGUGUGGGCAGCGAGGAGAUUGUCAGGCUGCUCAUCGAACAUGGAGCUGACAUCCGGGCCCAGGACUCCCUGGGAAAUACAGUGCUGCACAUACUCAUCUUGCAGCCCAACAAAACUUUUGCCUGCCAGAUGUACAACCUGCUACUGUCCUAUGAUGGAGGAGACCACCUGAAGUCCCUGGAGCUUGUGCCCAACAACCAGGGACUCACCCCCUUCAAGCUGGCUGGGGUGGAAGGCAACACUGUGAUGUUCCAACACCUGAUGCAGAAGCGGAAGCACGUCCAGUGGACAUAUGGGCCACUGACUUCUACCCUUUACGACCUCACUGAGAUCGACUCCUCAGGAGAUGAUCAAUCGCUGCUGGAGCUUAUUGUUACUACCAAGAAGCGUGAGGCCCGCCAUAUUCUGGACCAGACGCCUGUGAAGGAGCUGGUGAGCCUCAAGUGGAAGCGGUUCGGGCGGCCCUACUUCUGCGUGCUGGGCGCCAUCUACGUGCUGUACAUCAUUUGCUUCACCAUGUGCUGUGUGUACCGGCCCCUCAAGCCCAGGACCACUAACCGAACCAAUCCCCGGGACAACACCCUCCUGCAGCAGAAGCUCCUGCAGGAGGCCUAUGGGACCCCCAAGGACGAUCUACGGCUGGUGGGGGAGCUGGUGAGCGUCGUUGGGGCUGUGAUCAUCCUGCUGGUGGAGAUUCCAGACAUCUUCAGGUUGGGGGUCACGCGAUUCUUUGGGCAGACCAUCCUUGGGGGGCCAUUCCAUGUCAUCAUUAUCACUUAUGCCUUCAUGGUGCUGGUGACCAUGGUGAUGAGGCUCACCAACGCAGACGGGGAGGUGGUGCCGAUGUCCUUUGCUCUGGUGUUGGGUUGGUGCAAUGUUAUGUACUUUGCCAGAGGAUUCCAGAUGCUUGGUCCCUUCACCAUCAUGAUCCAGAAGAUGAUUUUUGGUGACUUGAUGCGAUUCUGCUGGCUGAUGGCUGUGGUGAUCCUGGGAUUUGCUUCAGCCUUCUAUAUCAUCUUCCAGACAGAGGACCCUGAUGAGCUCGGCCAUUUCUAUGACUACCCCAUGGCGCUGUUCAGCACCUUUGAGCUCUUCCUCACCAUCAUCGACGGCCCUGCCAACUAUGACGUGGACCUGCCCUUCAUGUACAGCAUCACCUAUGCCGCCUUUGCCAUCAUCGCCACACUGCUCAUGCUCAACCUCCUCAUUGCCAUGAUGGGUGACACUCACUGGAGAGUGGCCCACGAGAGGGAUGAGCUCUGGAGGGCACAGGUUGUAGCCACCACUGUGAUGCUGGAGCGGAAGCUGCCUCGCUGCCUGUGGCCUCGCUCUGGGAUCUGUGGGCGCGAGUAUGGGCUGGGGGACCGCUGGUUCCUGCGGGUGGAAGACAGGCAAGAUCUCAACAGGCAACGCAUCCGCCGCUAUGCACGGGCCUUCCAGCAACAAGAUGGCCUGUACUCAGAGGACUUGGAAAAAGACUCAGGAGAAAAGCCGGAGAUGACACGUUCCUUUGGUGCCUACCUGUCCUUCCCCACACCCUCCGUGUCUCGAAGCACCUCCCGGAGCAGCGUCAACUGGGAAAGGCUUCGACAAGGGACUCUAAGGAGGGACCUUCGAGGGAUAAUCAACCGCGGUCUUGAAGAUGGGGAGGGCUGGGAGUACCAGAUCUGA